AUGCAGAAGGCUCUGCGGCGGCAGCCAUGGACCUGCUCCAGAUGCCUGCGCAGGCAGCAGAGAUUCAAUUCUACCGCCGCCGGCAUAGCCGUGGCCGACGAUAACACCUUCACCCCUCCCCAGCUUCACGCGUCUUCCUCCGGCAACAGCGGCGAGAAUGCCCUCCUACGUGAGGUCUUCAACCAAAGGACCUUUUCACAGACAUCAUCCACGCAAAGGUCGGGCUUGAUAGGGAACACGUUCCUCACCCUUCCUCAGGGCUUUCAAAAGUUUGCAGAGGUUGCGGUGAUACAAUGCAAGAGAUUGGUAGAGAGGACGCUUGCCGCUUCCACACCGGAGCAAUACCGAGCCAUACCUAAAGACCUUGAUAGACUGAGCGACUUGCUAUGCCGAGUCAUCGAUCUCUCCGACUUCAUCAGGAGCAUACACCCGAGUGACGAUGUGGCCGCUUCAGCCUCUGCCUCAUAUUCGCUCAUGUUUCAGUACAUGAACGAGCUCAACACAACCACGGGAUUGAACCAGCAGCUUAAGAGGGCUUGGGAUAUGCCAGAGGUUCAGUCCCAAUGGAGUGAAGAGGAGAAGAUGGUUGCCGUGCUCCUGAUGAGGGAUUUUGCGAAAUCGGGCAUUCACCUUCCCGAUAACCAGAGACGGCAGUUUGUCUCUCUGUCGAAUGAUAUCGUCCAACUGGGAACCGAUUUCAUUAACCAGAUGAGCCAUGCGAGGGAUUGGGAGUCUUUCACUGUUGGCCAAUUGGAUGGUAUAGAUCCUACAUUGGUCCAAGGCUACAAGAACCACGAAAAAGUACAGAUUCCUGUAUCGAGUAAAUGGUCCAAAAUGGUCCUGGGUUCCGCUAAAAAUCCUGCGACGAGGAAGGAAAUGUACAUUGCUGAGAGAAGCGCUGCCAAAAAGACCAUUACAACUCUUGAAAAGUUGCUGCUACGUCGUGCCCAACUUGCCAAACUCACGGGAUUCGACAACUUCGCACAGAUGACUCUGAUAGAGAAAAUGGCCAAGACACCAGAGGCUGUGAACAACUUUCUAGAAUCUGUCAAUGCGAACAACAAGAUACAUGUACAAAAGGAACUCGCUCCGCUUCUCGAGCUCAAGCGCAAGAUGGACCAAGGUGCUGAAGAAUUGAAUCCUUGGGAUCACCACUAUCUCCUGGCGAAGCUGGACCAACUGGAGGGAGCUGCAGGUCCUCGAACAUCCAAGUCGCGCUUACGGGAAAGUGCCAAGUUCUAUUUUGCAAUCGGCCAUGUCAUGCAGGGUCUGUCAAGCCUGUUCGAAUCCCUGUAUGGAGUCCGAUUUGUGCCCAGGGAGACCAAGCAAGGCGAAGUCUGGCAUCCAGACGUCAGACGAUUGGACGUGUACACCGACAAACAAGAACACAUUGCCACCAUGUAUUGCGAUCUGUUUUCACGGCCUGGGAAACAAAGUCACCCGGCUCACUUCACACUUCUGUGCUCACGAGAAAUCUCAGAUGAAGAAGUCCGUGAAUGCGCAGAGCGCAAUGAGCCACUGAACAAUGGCAUGCCGACACUUGUGAGCACCAACCCGACGUCAGGCGUGACCUCUCAUCAUCAAAUCCCAAUUAUCGCACUAGUAUGCGGCUUCCCACAAUCCAGUGCAGCCGGCGAACCUGCGUUGCUUUCCCAGUAUAGCCUCGUCUCGCUGUUUCACGAAAUGGGCCAUGCUAUCCACAGCGUUCUCGGCCGCACCUCCAUGCAAGGCAUCUCGGGAACACGAGUAGCAACAGAUUUCUCCGAACUGCCCUCGGUUCUGAUGGAAAACUUUGCCACAGACCCAGCGGUAUUGAAACUUUUUGCCAGACACUGGAAGACCGAUGCUCCCAUGCCCGAGGAGAUGCUUCAAAUUCUUGCCGAGGAAGGGUCAAAGGAAGCUUCGAGACAGGGCGCCUGGAACAACGAGAGCCAGAUUCUCAUGAGUAUCCUGGAUCAGGUGUACCAUGGAGACGGACCUGUCCAAGCUCUCCGAAGCGGGCGCUACGACUCUACCGCCGUAUAUUACGAUGUGUGGAACAAGCACGGCUCCGUGCCCGAGCCAUGGGGCACCUCGUGGCAAGGAUUCUUCGGCCACCUCCACGGCUAUGGCGCGAGUUACUAUUCGUACUUGUUUGACACGGCGAUUGCGCGGCGUGUCUGGACAAAUGUUUUCCGGAGCGGCAGGGACAGCGGCGCAAUUGACCGUGCCAGCGGAGAGAGGUUCAAAGAGGAGGUCCUCAAAUGGGGCGGUGGGAGGGAUCCCUGGCUCUGCCUCGAGGGCUUACUCGGCGAAGGGAAGGGAGUGCUGGCAGAGGGUGGAGAGGAGGCCAUGUUGGAGGUGGGACGAUGGGGAGUUGGUGUCGGCGCUGAAUCAGAUUAA